UGUUUAACGGCCGACGCUCGCCAAACUCCUGCACAACACAAUCACUGCGCUCCGACUCACUGUUCACCACUGUCACCGCUCAGACUGUGAAAAGAAUUCAGGUGAGAAAACCUGAGCAGGUGCCAUGAAUUGGGCUUUUCUUCAGGGUCUCCUGAGCGGGGUCAAUAAGUACUCCACAGCGUUCGGCCGUGUCUGGCUCUCAAUAGUCUUCCUUUUCAGAGUCAUGGUCUUUGUCGUCGCGGCUGAGAAAGUGUGGGGUGAUGAGCAGAAAGACUUUGCGUGUAACACCGCCCAGCCAGGAUGCCAUAACGUAUGUUAUGACCACUUCUUCCCCGUAUCCCACAUCCGCCUCUGGGCUCUGCAGCUCAUCUUCGUCACCUGUCCUUCAUUCAUGGUGGUUUUACAUGUGGCAUAUCGUGAUGAACGUGAGCGGAAAAACCGUCUCAAAUACGGCGAGGGAUGUAAGCGAUUGUAUGACAACACUGGAAAGAAACGUGGUGGUCUUUGGUGGACGUACGUGCUCUCGUUGGUUUUUAAAAUGGGAGUGGAUGCGACUUUUGUGUAUCUGCUGUAUCACAUCUAUGAGGGCUACGAUUUUCCAGUUCUGGUGAAAUGUUCUGAAGCUCCAUGUCCAAACAUGGUGGACUGCUUCAUCUCGCGGCCCACAGAGAAGAGAAUCUUCACCAUCUUUAUGGUUGCGACCAGUCUGGUGUGUAUCCUGCUGUCGCUCUUCGAGAUCCUCUAUCUAGUGGGCAAACGCUGCUUUGAAUGCAUCCAUAGGGUGCAGGGCUCGCGACAUGGGAACAGAAUGAGAUCCAUGGCUAACAUGGCAAACUCAAAUGCUCAUUUAGAGUCAAACAACAAAAAACUGGCUAGCAAAGACCAUCCUGCACCAGCAUACAGUGUGGUCAUGUCAGCCAAAAAGAAAACCAGCAUGGAAAAUACUUUCAAUCCGAGUUGGACCUUAAGAGAUGACAAAUGUUCACAUUCACUUGGAAGUGAACACGAACGUGACUGACUCAGUAGAGGAAACUGAUGUGCGCCUACACUGUAUCCACUGGAUCUUUCAGCUGGAAAUUGUGGCCCAGAAUUGUAUAUUUGAGAAGCUUAAUGGGUCAAAACAUCAAGAUUCAGGGUGACGCUGUCUUAUGUUGGACUAAAGCGAGUCAGGUCAGGGUUUUGGGUGUGGUGUGUAGCUUCAAGCUUUAGAACACCAAAACACCAACUGACACUUUGAACAAACAGCCAAUACAGAAUAAACAACAGAUGUUAUAAGCUCUGAUAAUUACAAUAAUUGCUGUUAAUUAGAAAGUACAUAGAGCAAAACAUGGCUUAGACUGAUGCUAAAGCACACUAUUGUUCAUAUAUUUUAAUAAUGGUUCAGUUGCACCAAAAGUAGAAAUCAAAACGUAUCAAUUAAUGAACAAAGCAAUUAUCUUCUUAAACUUGUUUCCAACUCAGAGAAAAAAAUGCUGAGUAAUUGUGAGUUUAAAUCUUGCAAUGUGUAAAAUGUAAAAGUCAUUGCUUACUCACCUGCGUGACGUUUCCUGCAGAACUCUUAUUUUUAUCCAUAAAAUAGAGGUCAGUUGGAUCUAAAACCCAUUGAUUUCUUUUGUGUUUUUUAGAAUAUAAUUCUGAAAAAUUCCAGCGUUAUGGAUUCCACAUUUGCAGUAAACAUUCAAAACAUGGUAACAACUAACCACAGAGUUAUGGUAUGAGAAAAAUAUCAAUCUGUAAACAUUUUUAGAUUUUAAAUGAGGGAAAUAAACAUGUGUUAUAGAUAUGACCAAAAACGUUAGCGAGUUUACAGUACACAACAUACUUUGAAGAAAUUCAGUAAAUUAAACUGCACAAAACAUAAGAAAUAAUGCUAAUCAAAGAGUUGGCUCACUAUAGAACAAAAAUGAUUUAUUUUAUUUGAUAUUUUUGCAUUUAUGAGGGAAAAAGCUUAGUUAUGGAUGUGACAGCUCUCCGUUAUAAAUGCGACAGAUGUGAAAUUGGCACUCAUGUGACUGUUGAAUCAAAUAUAAUUGUUUGUAAAUAUUGACAGACAUUUUUGAGUAUUUUUAUAGUACUGUAAAAUGCUUGCUUACAAAAAAAAAACAUAAAAAGGUUUGUUAUGUUCAACAGAACAAACAAAGUCAUGCUGGUUGAUGGGUUAAGCCUCAUUCACACCACGAGCGACUCGCAGUGGCAAAGCGUCAAGCGACCAUUCAUUUCAAUAGAGAGCGAGCGACUUCCGUCGACCUCCGUCUACGCGAGCGACAGCGACCGCUGGCAACCAGGUGGGCAUGUCGAGCGACGCAACAAAGUUGACAAUCCUUCAACUUUAUGCAAAUGAAAAAAAAACGACUUUGAGCGACAGCCAAUAGGAGCACCAGUAGAGCUCACGUGAUCCUCUCUCAGCUCGCUCAGAGGCCGGUUGUUUUAAAGCAUCUUUAAGGCAAGUCUUUUCACUCGGCGGCCAUCUUUGAAACACCUCUCGGGCAGUAUGCUCGGGCAUUCUGUUUGAGUAGGGAAACAUCAAAUUCUCCAAAACGGCUUGCUAGUCUUACGAUUAUAUUUCAUAUAAGGAAUCACCAAUAAAAUUAAACAACAACUGUCUCUUUAGUUUCAUUUCUAAACGUCCAAAUUACACAAAAUCUGCAGAAACUCACGUCUGGUCCAAGCCCCUGCCCCAGAGUAUCGUCAGUCUAUAGCGAUCGAUGAUUGACUCCUGUUCUAGAAGGCGGUCCUUAUUCGCUGUAUAGCGAUCAAUGAUUGGCUUCUGUGUUACUAGGCAGGGCCUUAUUCACUUUAUUGACCAUUACACUUCUCCCCAUUCUAAAAGAUACGAGUGACAUGUCUUGUGUAUUCUAUAGUCUUUGGCUGUAUAGACCUACACAAACCUGCGUUUGCAGCAGGCAAAGUCGUUGCUAGUGUGAAUGAGGCAUUAAUGAUGACAAUUGAUCAAGCUUAUUCAUUCUAAUGUUGAAGUCUCAAUGUCUUCCUUUAAAUGCCUUUCAUAGCUGUUUUUUUUUGUUGUUGGUGGAAACAGGCUUUGGUAAUUGCCUUCGUUUGGCUUUAACAUUUAGCAUGCUGCUUUGUUAGGUGUAAGAACCAUGUGCAGAGAAGUCUGCAUCUCUUCUCCAUCUGUUUUUACAAAUGCAUCCAUCGUUUUGAGCACUAAUUUAUACCUAAAAUUUGAAUGUACAUUUAAAUUUGUUUACACAUUUGUACAAACUGUUUGUACUGUAUUUUUUGUAUUAUUACUGUUCAGUAGUUUGUGAUGAUUAUGUAUUUUAGCUGGUCUGUAUGUUUAUGCUAAUGUGAGCUUAACCUGCAGUGCAGCAAGUCUUCCAAGAAUUUACAGUAUUUAAAGUUUCAAGAAUUUAUUGAAAGAAUUAACACUGCCAGAACAACCAAUUCAAAAGAAUCUGUUAUGGGUUUACAUGUGUGAGUGUGUGAGUGUGUGUGUGUGUGUGUGAGAGAGAGUUUUCAUUCACUGAUAAACAUGUAUCCAUAAAAGUAAACAUUCUCUGAGGUUAGAAAUGCUGUUAGUAUGCUGACCUACUGGAGUUCUUUCCUUAUUACUGUCUGUUUAGAGUUGUUUACAUUUUGAGAUGCAUUAAAAUCUGCUUUUUUAUUUUCUUACAA